CAGAGGUUAAAAAGAGUUGUGGUAAUCAACCAUAUCUGAGAUUGCAUCAGAGUAGCAACUGAUCAAUGGAGAAGAGCCCUUGUGGUACAACCAGCUUAUGACGCCCCAUUUCGAAGCGGUUUUGGCAUUGUAUUUCUCUUCUGUCUUGUUGGAGCCUGUCCCUAGUGAGAUCACCAGAAACCGGCCGUACUCCAUUGGCUUCAUCGAGCAUCCGCCUGGGUUCUUCAUGAUCUGCUUGGUCACUUCUUUUAUGGCA